AGAGAGAGAGAGAGAGAGAGAGAGAGAGAGGUCCUGCUGCUGAUCGGAGAUCUUAUGAAUAUCUGCAGCAGUUUUCCAGCAGGUGUUCCUACAGGAUCUAUCACACACUAUCAGCAGGGUUCAUGAAACUUCGCUCCGAUUUACGAGAUGGGACUGCCAUACACAAUGUUAAGGUAAAGCCUAAAGCGGCUGUUUUGAACAUGCUAAAGCGGCUGGACAAAAUAAGAUUCCGCGGUCCAAAGCGAGAUGAUUUUCUGGAUCUACCCGAAUCCCCCACUGGCUCGGACACUGAAUGUAGUGAUGACAUGCUGGUGAGAUCCCGACCUUCAAUACGAGACAAUGACGAGCAAAGAGACCCUGCUGGUACAAGGAUUCUUAACCUUGCUGUCAUGCAAGACCUGAGGAGCGAAUCGGAACGUCUCAAUGAGAUCAAGGGGCAUUUGGAAAUUGCCUUACUGGAGAAGCACUUCCUGCAGGAAGAGUUACAGAAACUAAGAGAAGAAACCAAUGUGGAGACCCUUAAGCAGGAGCUUGAGAGAGAACGCUGCAGAAGACUUGACCUGGAACAGAAGUUGAGUGAAGCUCUGAAGACCAAGUGUGAAGAUUCUCCACCUCAACCUCCACGCAUAGAGCAGCAAACUGCAGCUAACGGCACAGACAAACAGCAGAAGGAGACAGUGUAUUUGCGAAUGCAGAGCUGGCUGUACAACCGAUUUGGGGUUUAUAUUGAAGACUUCCGCUUCCAACCUGAAGAGAACACAGUCGAGGCUGAGGAGCCGCUAAGUGCUAAAAGAUUAACAGAAAAUAUGCGACGACUUAAACGAGGUGCCAGACCGGUGACAAAUUUCUUACGGAAUCUUUCCGCCUUAUCCAACUGGCACUCAGUGUAUACGUCAGCGAUUGCCUUCAUUAUCUAUAUGAAUGCAGCAUGGCAUGGCUGGGCCAUUCCUUUAUUUCUUUUUUUAGCCAUUCUGAGGUUGUCGUUAAACUACCUUAUAGCCAGAGGAUGGAGAAUUCAGUGGAGUAUUGUGCCUGAAGUUUAUGAACCUGUGGAACCUCCUAAGGAAGACUUGACUGUGUCUGAAAAGUUUCAGUUAGUUCUUGAUGUUGCACAAAAAGCACAGAAUCUUUUUGGUAAGAUGGCAGAUGUUUUGGAGAAAAUCAAAAAUCUGUUCAUGUGGGUUCAGCCUGAGAUCACUCAGAAGUUGUACAUCACUCUGUGGGUGACCUUCAUCUCCACCUGCGUCCUUCCGUACAAGCAUAUGGGCUUUAUGAUCGGGCUUUACAUGGGCAUCAAGUUUUUUGUUAUAGACUUCCUGUUUAAGAGCUGUCCCAAACUGAGAGACAAAUACGACUCCCCAUGCAUCAUGUGGAACAGCCUGCCCACCGACCCACAGCUGAAAGAACGCAGCAAUGCCUCUGUGACACGACGGACUCAGCCGGUGGUGUCACGGUGCAGUUUAGCCACCAUCCCGGCUGGAGUGACCCGCGAAGAGGAGAGUGGCCGUUCACACACCACAAAAAAAGGAGCGUUCCAUGAGAUCUUCAACCUGCCAGAGGACGAGAGACCUCUGUCUGUAUGUGAGAAUGGCUGGAGAUGUUAUCUGAUAAAUAGAGAUAGAAAGAUGCCCACCGAUUACAUUCGCAACGGGAUGCUCUACGUCACGGAGAACUAUCUGUGUUUCGAGAGCUCCAGCUCAAGAUCAGGCUCUUCAAAGAAGAACAAAGUCAUCAAACUGGUGGACAUCACAGAUAUUCAGAAGUACAAGGUUUUAUCAGUUCUGCCAGGGUCUGGAAUGGGCAUCUCUAUAGCUACUCCAUCAACACAGAAGCCGCUGGUGUUUGGUGCCAUGAUUCACAGAGAUGAGGCCUUUGAAACGAUCUUCACCCAGUACAUGAAGAUCAUGACCACAGCCAACCCUGAGACGUAACUCACCCUGAAGGACAUCUCAUUUGGUGAAGGGUGGGACUGGUGUUUCCUGCCUCAUUCUCUUUAAUUGACUGUGAUUGGAUAAUUGUCGUCAUCUUAUGUGACGGGCAAGAGCUCCAGUACAUUCCAGUGAGAGCACUGCAUCUCAACAGGGACAUUUACAACUGGAGAGAUGUGGGCGGCAUCUCAGUGUCAUGUGAUUGUGAUCGUUUCCAAAAUGUUUUGUACUUUUUGUCUCUCAAAGUGAUUUUAUGCCAUGCCUCUGCCUGGUUUUAUGCUGCGAGAUAUUAUGGUGGUGAUAUACGAAUCGUAUCGUAUAGGAGGGUGUUUAAAAGAAUAGUUUACUCAAAAAUGAAAAUUCUGUAAUGGUUUACUCACACUCAUGUUUCAAACCUACGCAACUUUCUGUCAAGUUCCACGAAUGGAAAAACAUCAUAAAAGUGUCUUAAAAGUAGUACCAAAGGACUCAUGUGAUGUUUGUCUUCUGAAUCAUACGAUAGCUUUGUGUGAGGAACUUUUACCUUUGAAAUAUUCCCCUCCACAGUAACUCUCAAGUCUCAUUUGUGUUUGUGAAUAUUAAAAAAUGGCACACGAA